AACAAUUUCAAAAGAAUCAAAUAUAAUCAUACACAUACAUAAUACAUACAAUACAAUAAUACAUAUAUACAUACAGAGAAAGGGAGAAGGACGCAAGAGAGAUGAAAAGUGGUCAGGUCAUUCGUUGCAAAGCGGCCGUGGCAUGGGAAGCAGGGAAGCCAUUGGUGAUGGAAGAGGUGGAGGUUGCGCCGCCACAGAAAAUGGAAGUUCGUGUGAAGAUCCUUUUCACCGCCCUCUGUCACACUGAUGUUUACUUCUGGGAAGCCAAGGGACAAACACCUGUUUUUCCUCGCAUAUUUGGUCAUGAAGCUGGAGGAAUUGUGGAGAGUGUGGGUGAGGGUGUGACCGAGCUCCAACCUGGCGAUCAUGUCCUCCCAGUUUUCACCGGGGAGUGCAAAGAUUGCCGCCACUGCAAAUCACCAGAGAGCAACAUGUGUGACCUCCUCAGGAUUAAUACUGAUAGAGGGGUUAUGCUUAAUGAUAACCAGUCAAGGUUCUCCAUCAAUGGAAAGCCUAUCUAUCACUUUGUUGGCACAUCCACGUUCAGCGAAUACACGGUCGUGCACGUUGGCUGUCUUGCCAAGAUUAACCCUGAAGCCCCGCUUGACAAAGUUUGCGUUCUCAGCUGUGGAGUAUCGACAGGACUUGGAGCGGCUCUAAAUGUUGCCAAACCAGCAAAAGGGUCAACCGUUGCCAUUUUUGGAUUGGGGGCUGUAGGCCUAGCCGCUGCUGAAGGGUGUCGGAUUGCUGGGGCUUCAAGGAUCAUUGGAAUUGAUUUGAAUGCCAAUAGAUUUGACCAAGCAAAGAAGUUUGGUUGUACUGAGUUUGUGAACCCAAAAGAUCAUAACAAGCCUAUUCAAGAGGUGAUUGCUGAGAUGACGGAUGGAGGAGUGGACCGUAGUAUUGAAUGUACUGGAAACGUCAACGCCAUGAUCUCUGCAUUUGAAUGCGUUCACGAUGGUUGGGGAGUUGCUGUGCUUGUUGGCGUGCCAAGCAAAGACGAUGCGUUCAAAACUCAUCCUAUGAAUCUGUUGAAUGAAAGGACUCUCAAGGGCACCUUCUAUGGCAACUACAAGCCCCGCUCUGACAUUCCAUCUGUCGUGGAAAAGUACAUGAACAAGGAGCUGGAAUUGGAUAAAUUCAUCACCCAUGAAGUGACAUUUGCGGAGAUCAACAAGGCAUUUGAGUACAUGCUGCGUGGUGAGAGUCUCCGCUGCAUCAUUCGCAUGGAAAUUUAAGUUCUGAGUUGAGGGAGUGACUGCCACAACGACCGUGGUUGUUUUUUUUUUUUUUUUGAGUGAUAAAAAAAAGACUAUAUGUAUAAUAAGUCUGUUUGGGGAAGCUUAGAUUACUACUUGGAGACUCUGUUUUAAUAUUAAGUUUGCUAUGAUCUAUGUCACUUGCAUUUUGUGUUCAUAAUUUCUCUUGGGGUUUUGGAAA